ACAACUGUUUCAUUUUAUGCCAGUUUCAAUUAGGCUAUUAACUCUUUAAGUCAUAUAUUUUAUACAUUGUACGCGAAUAUGAUUGUCGAGAAACGAUUAGAAUAUAUGAAGUUUCAAACUCUGAUAAGGCGAUUGCUUUUGGUUAUUGGAUUCUGGUCAUCGAAAAAUUCAAAUAUAUUAUUUCAAUCAUUAUUAUUCUUACAUCUGUCAUUUUUCAUAAUACCAAUUAUUGGGGUAUUUAAUUUUUUCCAAACUCAUAUUUCAAAUAUUUUUCUUGCUACCAAAGGUUUAAGUGUUCUUGUGGGGUAUUCAACAGUUAUUAUGAAAAUAUUAUGUUUCAUUAUCAAUCGUAAAGAUAUUAAUGACCUGCAUACAAUCCUCGAUCCAUACAUCGAUGAAUUAAUAGAAAAAUCUGGGCUGACAAAUGUUAUUUUAAAUGGAAUUACAAGUUUCCGACGUUUGUGUAAAAUUGCAACGGGUUUUGUUACAAUAUCUUGUACUUCUUACGCGAUAGCGCCUAUUAUUUCGAUAAUUAGCCAAUGGAGACAUCAUAUACGACCUAUUAAAUAUAAUCUUAUUUAUCCAACGGCCUAUCCUUGGGAACAUCCUCCCAGUGGACUCUUGUACAAUUGUCAUUUUUUUAAUGAAUAUCUAACGACAUUUAGUAUUAUUUCGGUAACUGCGAGUAUAGAUAGUCUUUUUGUUUAUUAUGUGUUUCAAAUAAUCGGUAUGAUACGUGACAUUUCGCACCACAUGACAUGUUUUAAUGAGGAAAAUAGUGAAGCAACUAUACGUCAUUGUGUACUACAGUAUGAAGUAUUGAUAGAAUGUCGGAGGAAAAUUGAAAAAGUUUAUGGACCAAUUAUACUUUGGUCUAUGGGCACCAAUGCAAUCAUACUCUGUGCUGUUAUUUUUCAACUGUCUCAUGCAAAAGCUAUACCAUUCACUGUAAUGGUUUUGUGUGCAGCAUAUGCUGGAUUAAAAUUAACACAAAUUUUUAUUUUCGCAUGGGCUGGAUCACAGCUAACAACUGAGAGUGAAAAUUUAAUAGACACUAUAUAUGCUGCCAAUUGGCUUGGAAAUAAACGUACUAUGACUUCAAUAAUAAUUAUGCUUUCACAAAAACCACUGGUAUUAACAGCUUGCAGCUUAUCAACUGUAUCGAUCGAUAUGUUUGUGUCAGUGAUAAAUACAACAAUCUCUUAUUAUUUAUUACUAAAAACUUUUGAUCCCGAUUCCUGAAUUCAUGAUAAAAAAAAAUCCUUUGGAUUUUAUAAUUACGACUGUACUGUAGUUUGUAAAAUUUUAAAUUUAUGACUGUAAUUUUUAAAAUUUCAAAUAAAUAUAACAGAGUUAUAGUUACCAUAAAACUUA